AUGGUCGGGGCAGUGGCUGCGAGGCGACGGGGCUUGCGCCCAGGUUUGGUGAAGAUGGCAUGUUGUUUCCAACUGGUGGAGGUGGACCAUGAGGAGUUAAUGGGCUUACGAACGGCGUACCGGUUGGGUACUCGGUUCUUCCGUAUGCAGUCAGCGAGUCCGGAGGACGCGGAAUGGGGAUGUGUACAAGUUGAGUUGCGUCCGGGAAUGAACGACGACGGGAUGCGUGUUCACUUGAACUAUUUGGCGUGUAAGGCGGCAUUGGAUAGUCUAGGCGGGAUUACUCCUACCACUCCCUGGAUCGCGGCCCACGGGAUCUACUUCUUGGCGGACACCGUGGCCAUGGGCGGCCCGCAAGUUCCCGAUCUCAGCGACGGCCGAGCUAGCGUCGGAAGGUUCUUCCGGACAUUAAUGAGCGUGAAUGCCAGUCAACUUGGACUGUCCCUCGACCAACUCGACCCCGGCUGUUUUCUCAAAGUCGCCGAAGACUUCGUCGAACUCUACCGAGGCGAGGAAUCCGUCGAACGCUGGCUCGAGGCCCUGCGCCAGGAAUUCGAACAACCGCGCAGACGACUUAUUCGCCUUGACCGCAAUUUUGCACACGACCAAAUCCUCACAUGGCUGCCGAACCAAGACCCCACCAACCGUCCAGACCUAGCGGGACAAGAUGUGACGCAAGAGGCGACGGCUGCCGGUGCGGAAGACACAGCUGGGCAGGAAACGGCUGCUGCGGGAGCAGACGUCGCGAGGCAAGAGGCAGCUGUAUUGGCGCAGACACCGAUCCUCAGGGAAGUCGGUCGUGGUAGCCUCAACUUCCUCGACUACGACCAGCUCCUCAAGGAUGUGGCCCGGGCAAAGCUCGAGUGGCAGCGGAGGAUGCGCUCGCCGAACUCGUGGUUGUACCGUGCGGAUUAA